CCCACAAAUAAUUCGUCUAAGAUUGUCUUUGGCGAUUUCCAAAUAUAGUACAAUCUGUUAUCGCACUUAGAUUAAGGAUUCAAAACCCUAGCUAAUGCAGAGUGCCCAUUUGAAAAUGUGUUACUGCUCAUCCUCAUCAUCAUCCCAACCCGGAUCUCCAUUGUUGCCCCAACAUCACGAUGACAAGUCGACGUAUGCAGUCGUCGAUCCCACAACCACCAACGAUCCAACGCCACCGCCGCUUUCUCCUGUUCCCGACGACAGCCUACCGGCGGCUGUUGAUCCGAACAACAAAACCAAAUCUUUUGUUCAUUGUUUACCCUCUUGGGAAGCCGCUUUGUUGGUGUUUCUCGUUGUGCUCAUCUUUAUAGGUGUUCCUGCCAUGGUUAUAACAUAUGGGCAAUUGCGACCUUACUCCCCCCAUGCCGACGUCGUUUCGGCCUUCGUGUCAGUCAGCAACACCAACAACAAUAGUAGUGGGCUUACCGGCACUGCCGGCGGCCGGUUAUUAACAACCAACUGGGUCAUUGUUCUCCAUCUUAAAAACUACGUCGGCGACUGUUGUCCAUCCCUGCACCUCUACCGAAUCCAGGCCUCACUUUUUCGUGCCGACGGUCAUCGCCCGCUCGCAUCGACCCGACAAUUCACCACACGGAAUAUCGACAACGCAGUGCAUGACGGGCACGAUAUGACGUUUUCGAUUCAAUUUAAAGCAGAAGGAGUUGACGUCGGGAAGCACGUGGUGGCGGCUGGCAUUCCCGGCCGGGAUUAUGGGACGCGAACCACGUUGCGGUUCAAAGUUGUGAUUCUGGUUUGGGCACGACUCAAACCGCAAGCAUUACCUGCCCGGUACUACUUAGCUCGAAUUAGUUGCGAUCCGUUCUGGAUCGGAUCUUCUAAUAUUGGGAUAAGCACCAUCUCCUCAGAUCACAAGGAAUCUUGUCACACCCACGUGAUUCGACAAAGCAAGCCGAGUUUCUUAAAUUCGAGUCGAGCAAACAUCAAAGACGAGAAAAUAAAUUAGCUGUCAUGGAGAACAUUUAUUGUAUUGGGCGGAUUUCUUCCAGCAACGAAAAUAAAUAUUGUGUUAGUCCUCUACCAAAAUUGGGCUCAAACUAUAUUUUUAUUUCCUUACAUAAUACAUUAUGUAUUACUUAGAGAUAACAAUCAAAUUCAUGAUCGCGGGUAUUCAAAUUCUCCAAUCCAGUCAACGAGGGAAUUCCCGCUUUGACCAGGUAUGGGGCAGAUAUGAGUAAAACCCGCAAAAAAUUUGAUGGGUAUGGGGCUGGUAUGAUUUUAGCCUCCCCAGCUUCAUACACAUACCCAUACCCGCCUCACCAAGAAAAUUUCUUCACGUAUAAAAAAUAUAUGUGGAUCAAAUUGUAACAUAUCAAUUAUAAUAAGGUAAAUCGAAAAAAUAAAUAGUAGAAAUGCAAUUGAGUGGCCACUUAAUCAAAAUCUAAUUCAUUUCCCUCAAUUCUCUCUUCACUCUUUCACUUUCCUCCUAGUCAACAAGAUUAUGUUAGUUAAUUAUUACUUAGUAGAUGUAUCGGAGUUGAGGGAACAAAGAGAAUUUCUUGAUCAGGUACAUAUAUUCAUCAAAUAAAUUUUGUUAUGAUGGUGGUCAAUUAAAUUAGGGUCUGUCUUGAAAGAAUUGAAUAUCAAUAACUCAUUUUUUACCUAUGAUUCUAUUCUAUUUACUAGUUUAUUCCCGAAUUUAGACUAGACCUCUCCUAGUAGUUCAUUCAUAAACGAUAAAUUGGAGUUAUCUAU